AUGUUACGAGCUGAAGCUGAAAAAUCUGAUUCGGAGCAGGGAAAAGUCCUGACAAAAAAGGCUAACAAACCACUAAUGGAAAGAAAAAGAAGAGCACGAAUCAAUAAAUGCCUUCUUGAGAUGAGACAAAUGCUAGUGGAUGAUAAUAGAAAUGGGUCUCCAAAUUAUUCCAAAUGGGAGAAAGCAGAUAUUCUGGAAAUGAGUGUCGACUAUAUCAGACAGCUAAAAAGACGCAUCGCUGUCAAUAGCAAAGCAAAACAACCCUUUUCGUUACCAUAUUUUGUGGAUGGUUUCUCGAAUUGUGUGCGUGAAAUGCAAAAUUAUACACUUCUAGAAAAAUGGUCAGCUGAUAUGCGAGAAUACAAUAGUCGUCUCACAAGUCAUUUGACUGCUCGUCUACAAUUAUUUCUUAAUGAACCGAUCAUGAAGGUAACCGUAAAACAGCAAUGA